CCACCACCACACCAGGCCACUACUGCUCCAGAAAGCAAAACUGCAGAAGCAGAGACGCGCCCCCACAAACCACGAGUCCACAAAACCCCCACCCCCAAACCCUUCGUCGACAACUGGCCUUGCCCGCUCGCCGUCGCCGAGACCCGCUAUCCAUUACGCGGUCCGCGCGCACGGCCGUCUAAAUCCCUAACCCCGGCCGACGACGGGGCGGUAGUGGCGGCGGAGGCGGAGGGGCUGGUGCCCGGUGCUGCAUGUCAGAUCGUGACUGCCGCGGAGUAGGAGGGUACGGGCACGGCCAGGUCGCGAAACCGCUCCAAUGGCCGCAGCUGAGGAAAAGGCGCAGGUCGCGCCGUCAUCCGGCGGCGGCGCCGUGAUGGCGGGGGAGGCCGCGCCGGGCACCACCGCGAAGGGCUCGACCAAAGGGAUUCCAAUCAUGGUGAGGGCGCAGAGAAGCCACCCAUUGGAUCCUUUGUCUGCUGCUGAAAUUUCUGUGGCUGUAGCAACUGUGAGAGCUGCUGGAAGAACUCCUGAGGUGCGAGACAGCAUGCGAUUUGUUGAAGUUGUGCUCCUGGAGCCUGAAAAGAAUGUUGUAGCAUUAGCUGAUGCAUACUUCUUUCCACCAUUCCAACCAUCUCUGCUUCCCAGAACAAAAGGUGUUCCUGUUAUUCCAAGCAGGUUGCCAUCUAGGAGGGCCAGGCUUGUUGUCUACAACAAACAAACAAACGAGACUAGUAUUUGGGUUGUAGAACUCUCUGAAGUGCAUGCUGCUACUAGGGGCGGACAUCACAGAGGCAAGGUUAUAUCAUCAGAAGUUGUUCCAGAUGUCCAACCUGCAAUGGACGCUAUGGAAUAUGCUGAAUGUGAAGCAACUGUGAAAAACUACCCGCCUUUUAUUGAAGCAAUGAAGAAAAGAGGCAUAGAUGACAUGGAUCUUGUCAUGGUAGAUGCAUGGUGUGCAGGCUACUACAGUGAUGCUGAUGCUCCCAACCGAAGAAUUGGCAAACCUCUGAUCUUUUGUAGAACCGAAAGUGAUAGCCCUAUGGAGAAUGGUUAUGCACGUCCUGUUGAAGGAAUCCAUGUUGUUGUUGAUAUGCAAAACAAUGUUGUGAUAGAGUUUGAAGAUCGGAAGUUAGUGCCUCUGCCCCCACCAGAUCAUUUGAGGAACUAUACCCCUGGGGAAACACGAGGUGGUGUUGAUCGAAGUGAUGUGAAACCUCUUAUUAUCAAUCAACCUGAAGGCCCAAGUUUCCGUAUCAAUGGCUAUUUUGUGGAAUGGCAAAAGUGGAAUUUCCGUAUUGGCUUCACCCCUAAAGAGGGUUUAGUUAUCCAUUCUGUUGCAUACAUUGAUGGGAACCGUGGACGCCGACCUAUUGCUCACAGAUUGAGUUUUGUUGAGAUGGUUGUUCCUUAUGGAGACCCAAAUGAACCACAUUAUCGGAAAAAUGCAUUUGAUGCUGGAGAAGAUGGAUUGGGAAAGAAUGCACACUCUCUUAAGAAGGGAUGUGACUGUUUGGGAUUUAUAAAGUAUUUUGAUGCGCAUUUUACAAAUUUUACUGGUGGUGUGGAGACCAUUGAGAAUUGUGUUUGUUUACAUGAGGAGGACCAUGGAAUCCUUUGGAAGCACCAAGACUGGAGAACUGGGUUGGCAGAAGUAAGACGGUCAAGGAGGCUUACUGUAUCGUUCAUAUGUACAGUGGCAAACUAUGAGUAUGGAUUUUACUGGCACUUUUAUCAGGAUGGUAACAUAGAAGCAGAGGUAAAGCUUACUGGAAUUCUUAGCUUGGGAGCUCUAAUGCCUGGGGAACAAAGGAAAUAUGGCACAACUAUUGCCCCUGGUUUGUAUGCACCAGUUCAUCAGCAUUUCUUUGUUGCCCGUAUGGACAUGGCAGUUGAUUGCAAACCCAAUGAACCUUAUAAUCAGGUGGUUGAGGUGAACGUUAAAGUUGAAGAUGCAGGCCCAAAAAAUGUGCACAGCAAUGCCUUUUAUGCUGAAGAGAAGCUUUUGAAGUCUGAGCUACAGGCAAUGCGUGAUUGUGAUCCUUCAUCUAUGCGCCAUUGGAUUGUAAGGAACACAAGAAAUGUAAACCGUACUGGACAACCCACAGGUUACAAGCUUAUACCUGGUUCCAAUUGUUUGCCACUGGCCCUACCUGAGGCCAAAUUCUUGAGGAGAGCUGGGUUCUUAAAGCAUAACCUUUGGGUCACCUCAUCCAAAAACGAUGAGAUGUUCCCUGGAGGUGAAUUCCCCAAUCAGAACCCACGCAUUGACGAGGGCUUAGCUACGUGGGUGAAGAAGGAUCGGUCCCUGGAGGAGACCAACAUUGUUCUCUGGUACGUUUUCGGGCUCACCCACAUCCCAAGGCUGGAAGACUGGCCCGUCAUGCCAGUGGAGCGGAUCGGCUUCAUGCUAAUGCCCCAUGGAUUCUUCAACUGCUCGCCGGCUGUUGACGUUCCUCCUGGACCUGACAUGGACGCGAAGGAAGCCGAGUCGCCGAAGGACAUCCACACCGAGCUGAUCUCGAAGCUAUGAGCUCCGUAGCCGGCAAAGCACGUCUGGUUUAUUUAAAAAAAAAAUGUCUGAAGCCCCCAUUUGAUUGUUGUACCGUUAGGAUGCUGCAGUAACAGUUUAAACCGGUGGUAGCUUUCCCGUGUGUCACGCUCGGUAUUCCCAGCUACUCUGUGCUGCUAGGUGGGUGCGCCUUGGGCCUUUGGCAUGGUCCAACGGCCAGUAUUCACUGGUACUGAUACUGGAUUACGUGAUAAAAAAGAGCUCAUUUAGUUCCCAAAAA